UCCUAUGCUGAUCGGCGUCUACAUCAUGAUCUUCAUCCCGCGCUCGCAUCUCAGUGGCGGUAUACGAUGGAUGGUUUAUCUGUAUCUCAAACCACUGAUAGUUUCGGCUUUCUCCUCACAGCUGCAUUCAGAUGCCACACAACCAACUCUAUACUACCUGUCUACUUCACCACACCCACUCUUUCAUACACAAUUACCGCAUCUCACUACUAGAUGUCAAUCCAGCUGAUUUUGUUUUGUUUCCAUUUUGCUACUUCGACUGGCUUUAUUCUCGGUGGACCUCAAGGAAAUGCACCAGCUGUGCCUCUGCUGGCGUCAUGGACACCUCCUGGAUCAUUUACUAUUGGAACCAAUAGUAACCCAGAAAGCAUUGCUCUCACGCCGCCCGGCCCGUCAACUUCUACCAGUAGUCCUGAUUCCGGAAUUACUACCACUGUCUCAACAUCGUUUACCUUUGGGAGUACUAAUGCAUCGAUCUUCAUCAAUCCUUUCGGGACAACACCCUCCAAACCUCCUUCCAGUUCCAGCUCUGCAGAAUCAACGACUCAAAGCUCCCUCCAAGCUACAGGAAGCAGUUUCACCACCUUUAGUGGCACUUCAUCAACUAGUACCUCCCCAGCCGCAAAUGAAACUCAAUCUAUGUCCCAUCCAACAGUUUCAUCCUCAAAUGAGAAUCCCACAUCUUCUGCUACCAGUGGUUCGCAAUCCAAAACACUCCCAAUAAUCGGCGCUACAAUCGGCUCCUUCAUAUUCCUGCUCCUCCUUCUAUGCGCCCUCAUAUACACCCUCCACCGACGACAGCACCGGAGGAAACAUCCUGCCAUAUUCCACCGCGAUAUGAUGGUUCGGCGGAAGCGCUCAAAUCCGGUAAAAGGUUCAGGUGCCUACACGAACUUUGGGGAUGCGGAAAAACUUGCUUCGUACGGUUCUUCGCUUCCCGCUCCAUCAGGCAACACACACAGACUACCAGAUGGAACUACAGGAUGUUUCAGCGAAACAGAAAACUGAGCUGAUCAGGCUCAAGACGUGAUUGACGCUGGGUGGAGAUGUGCAAGAGGAGAACUGAUGACAUGCCGGUCGGGUUUUCGAGGGUCCUGGUUUUGAUGUAAAGAUGGGGACGUUGACCGUCCUACGAUUUAUAAGACGCAGACGUGAAAUAGAUAUAAUUGUUAUCUCCGUGCGUAGACAGACGUUAUUGUAUUUUGCGUAAGCUGUACUCUACUUGACAUUCAUAGCUGUAUACACAUACGA